CUCCAAUUGCUUCCCUUCCAUCAAGGACUUCAACAGUCGAAAUUUGCCCACUUAUGGGAAAUCGACCUGGAAAAACACCUUCAACGCAGAGCCAUACUGUUCUAUCUAUUACCCCAGUAGCCUCUCUACUCACCAGAUCGGAAGCCUUCCAAUCGCUUCUGGAAAUCUGGCAUCAAAGCUGAGCAGGGGAGACUUUUCCAUGUCUCUCAAAAAUGUGGAUACUGCUUAAAAUUUCUAUACGAGCACACUCGGCAUCUCGAUCGCAUCAGAGUAGGAUACCAAAAGCGUUGUUUCCGGAUACCUUGUUUUUUGCCCCUGAGAAGGUUCCAAGUUCUGUUGAAGUCGUAUGGGAGGUUGCGCUGGAUUAAGUGUCUAAGACAUUUGAAAUUAACAUGCACGUGGAAAAGACUGCUCGAGGAGUCAGUGAUUUUUCCGCGAACCUGACUCCAAUUGGAAAGGAAUUUGCUCCAGGGACUGAGUGGCUUGGCAUUUGGAUGACCACAUCUGGAGCACAGCUUCAAUCACAUAUCGAGGGGUACACACACAAAACUUUCUCGGCGCUGGUAAUUUUUCUUCCGUAUCUGCUGAUGGCUAUCGCCUCUAUCUGCUUCCAAAAC